AUGCGUUUUCACUUUUUCAUUUUACUGAUGCCUCCAGUCAAUAAAAUUUGUCGACAAUACAGUAGUGAUUACUUAUCAUUUGUAUUUAUUCCCACUCCUCAUAACUGUCAGUUACUAAUAUACCUUCAUUACCAUCAAACAUUGACCAACGAAGCAAUGAAAUCCUCACGCUUGAAGUAUAACUUUGAUGCAAAGCAUUCUGACAAGAAGCACAAGCCGUUGUCAUACUUUUUGCUACUGAGCGCCUCUUUCAAAAAGCAAACACAAACAUUCAACAUGCUACUCCAGAAAACUAGUAAACAGGAGAAUGAUGGUUUGAUUGCAUCGUACAACAUUGCGUUACUUGUUGCUAAGUCUGGGAAGUCUCACACAAUUGGAGAAACAUUACUUCACCCGGCUAUUGAAGCGGUUUUGUCAACCGUUACGCCCGAAAAACCCGAUAACAUGAAGAUCCCACUUAGUAAUAACACGAUUUCUCGGCGCAUCGAUGAAACGGCCAACGAUGUCAAACAUCAGCUCAUUAAUAUUCUCCAGCGUUCUGAAUUUUCUAUACAAGUGGAUGAGUCAACUGUUGCGGUCAAUCAAUGUUUGAUGAUGGUAUAUGUCUGGUAUUUCCUUGUUAGGAAAUACUAUUCACAGAGAAAUCGCCGCUUGAUUCAAAAGGUGCAAUUAUUUUUCACAUUCUCAAGUCUUUCCUUUUUGAACGUAGUAUCCCACUGA